AUGUCAGGCUUCACUUCGCGGCCACUGCUGCUUACCUGGUUGUGCACAGCAACUUUUCUGCGCAGAGUGGAAGGUGCUGGAGGCAUCACCCAGGAUGAGCAACUGCUCAUUUCUGAUGGUUCGUGGCAUCGCGACCAGCGCAAAUCCAUCACGCUCGAGACAUCGUGCUACUAUACCACGAUGGAGGGCAUGCCCUACGGCUGCCAGUACAACAGAGCGUACUACCCUUCAUACCAGAACGACUACCAGCGUCGUGCAGAGAAGACAGCCCUGAUGGAGUUCUACAACUCUUGUGGAGGUGACUUCUGGCGAACCAGAGACAACUGGAACGGAGAGUUGGACCCUUGCUGGGACUACUGGUACGGGGUCACUUGCAACGAGCACGGCUACGUCAUAAAGCUGGAGCUGUCGGACAACAGGGUGAGAGGGCCUCUGCCGUCUGCUUUAGGUGCGCUGACAUCCCUGAUCAAGCUGGACUUGUCUUCGACAGAACCGGAGUACCACAUGCAUCCAAAUGACGAGGUGAACCGCGUGGAAGGGUCAAUGCCCUCCUUGGCCAUGUGUUUCCAGCUGGAAGAGAUUGAGGUUUCUGGCAAUCUCAUCUUGAAGCUACCAGAUGACUUGUAUCUAAACGCAGAUACACUGCGGUCAUUGAGUGCCAGCCGCAACCAGUUGAGGAAUAUGCCGAACUACUUGCGGCGCUUUCAAGUGCUCCACACACUCGAACUGGACAACAAUAUGAUCGAGGAUGAGUUUCCGGCAGAUUUUGGCCAACUACCGAACAUCCGGUAUGUCCAUCUGCAGUACAAUCGCCUGAAAGGAAGGCUGACGCAGGACAUUGUUCCAAUGACCAAGAUCCAGGUGUUCGACAUCUCCCACAACCCCGAGCUGGCCGGUGUGAUUCCGGAGCAGGUCAUCGUCGAUUGGGCUGAAAUGAGCUAUCUGUCCAUUCUCAACACGUCCAUCUCGGGCUACAUCUCCAGUCUCUGCUUGGAUGUGCCGUUUUGCUGGAAGUUUAUGUACGACACUCACAAGGACCUUACAUGGGCCACAGUGUCGGAUGUGCCCGACAUUGUCGGCAUGACUGUCGACCUGGCUCAGACUAACUUCUUUGAUGAGACUUUCGCAAACCGGUGA